GUUUUCGAUGUUUCAGUGUGACGGCAGCCUGCAGACACAGAGGACUGACGGAGGACAAGAAGCAGAGGAUUUCAGCUGAUGAUUCUCUACAAAAACCUGGUCCAGACAGCAGGGAGCUGCAAAGUGAAGAAAUUCAUAGGAAGCAGCUGAGUGCUGCAGGUUGUUACCAACAUGGAAAGAUGAAGGUAGAAAGUGUGUGUGAGCUGAUGUGGAUGUGAAUUGAGCAGCAUGAAUCAGUGUGAGGACAGAGAGGAGGGAGUCCCUCCCUCUAAAACCACUCUGUGUGGGGAACAUGAGAGCCAGACCAAGGCUCAGAGAAUGCAUCAGACUCCAGACUUCUCUGAACCUGAGCCCAGCUGUGUGUCUCUCAGGAGUGACCAGUCCAUGGAUAUACCAAUAGUUUUUAAAGGACAUUUACCAAUGGCAGAGAUUCAUCAGACCCCAGACUUCUCUGAACCUGAGCCCAGCUGUGUGUCCCUCAGGAGUGACCAAUCCAUGGAUAUACCAGUAGUUUUUAAAGGACCAAUGGCAGAAGUGGACCAGGAGAGCUCAGAGGUUCCCAGUGGUCAGUCUGCUCAGCAGCAUCAAACACACCUGGACUCUAUAUUUAUGCUGCUGGAGGAGAAUGUUGUCACUUUUAUGAAAAAUGAGCUGAAGAAGAUCCAGAAGGUUCUGAGUCCAGAUUACCCAGAAUGCUUAGAGAGUCAGAGGGAGGAUGAGGAGGUGUUGGACAGUGAGGAUGAAGAGCAGAGGAGGAGCAGCAGAGAGGCAUUUCUGAAGAUCACACUGAACUUCCUGAGGAGAAUGAAGCAGGAGGAGCUGGCUGACUGUCUGCACAGCAGACACCAGGUUGCAGUUUGUCAACAUAAACUCAAACCUAACUUGAAGAAAAAGUUCCAGUGUGUGUUUGAGGGGAUCGGUAAAGCAGGAAACCCAACACUUCUGAAUCAGAUCUACACAGAGCUCUACAUCACAGAGGGAGGGACUGGACAGGUCAAUGAUGAACAUGAGAUCAGACAGAUUGAAAGAGCAUCCAGGAAACUACACAGACCAGAAACAACCAUCAGACCACAGGACAUCUUUAAAGCCUCACCUGGAAGAGAUGAACCAAUCAGAACAGUGAUGACAAAGGGAGUGGCUGGCAUCGGGAAAACAGUCUUAACUCAGAAGUUCACUCUGGACUGGGCUGAAGACAAAGCCAACCAGGACAUACACUUCACAUUUCCAUUCACUUUCAGAGAGCUGAAUGUGCUGAAAGAGAAAAAGUUGAGCUUGGUGGAACUUGUUCAUCACUUCUUUACUGAAACCAAAGAAGCAGGAAUCUGCAGGUUUGAAGAGUUCCAGGUUGUGUUCAUCUUUGACGGUCUGGAUGAGUGUCGACUUCCUCUGGACUUCCACAACACUGAGACCCUGACUGAUGUUACAGAGUCCACCUCAGUGGAUGUGCUGCUGACAAACCUCAUCAGGGGGAAACUGCUUCCCUCUGCUCGCCUCUGGAUAACCACACGACCUGCAGCAGCCAAUCAGAUCCCUCCUGAGUGUGUUGACAUGGUGACAGAGGUCAGAGGGUUCACUGACCCACAGAAGGAGGAGUACUUCAGGAAGAGGUUCAGAGAUGAGGAGCAGGGUAACAGGAUCAUCUCCCACAUCGAGACCUCACGAAGCCUCCACAUCAUGUGCCGCAUCCCAGUCUUCUGCUGGAUCACUGCUUCAGUUCUGGAGGAUGUGUUGAAAACCAGAGAAGGAGGAGAGCUGCCCAAGACCCUGACUGAGAUGUACAUCCACUUCCUGGUGGUUCAAUUCAAACUGAAGAACAUCAAGUAUGAUGGAGGAGCUGAGACAGAUCCACACUGGAGUCCAGAGAGCAGGAAGAUGAUUGAGUCUCUGGGGAAACUGGCUUUUGAGCAGCUGCAGAAAGGAAACCUGAUCUUCUAUGAAUCAGACCUGACAGAGUGUGGCAUCGAUAUCAGAGCAGCCUCAGUUUACUCAGGAGUGUUCACACAGAUCUUUAAAGAGGAGAGAGGACUGUACCAGGACAAGGUGUUCUGCUUCGUCCAUCUGAGUGUUCAGGAGUUUCUGGCUGCUCUUCAUGUCCAUCUGACCUUCACCAACUCUGGACUCAAUCUGCUGUCGGAAGAAGAAACAACCUUGCAGAAUUUUGAAACAGAACAAGAUGGGUUUGCAGAGACUGAUGUCUAUCAGAUUGCUGUAGACAAGGCCUUACAGAGUCCAAAUGGACACCUGGACUUGUUCCUUCGUUUCCUCCUGGGUCUUUCACUGCAGACCAAUCAGACUCUCCUACAAGGUCUGGUGACUCAGACAGGAAGUGGCUCACAGACCAAUCAGGAAACAGUCCAGUACAUCAAGAAGAAGAUUGAAGAGACUCCCUCUGCAGAGAAAAGCAUCAAUCUGUUCCACUGUCUGAAUGAACUGAAUGAUCGUUCUCUAGUGGAGCAGAUCCAACAGUACCUGAGUUCAGGAAGUCUCUCUACAGAUAAACUGUCUCCUGCUCAGUGGUCAGCUCUGGUCUUCAUCUUACUGUCUUCUGAAAAAGAUCUGGACGUGUUUGACCUGAAGAAAUACUCUGCUUCAGAGGAGGCUCUUCUGAGGCUGCUGCCAGUGGUCAAAGUCUCUAGUAAAGCCCUGCUGAGUGGCUGUAACCUCUCAGAGAGAAGCUGUGAAGCUCUGGUCUCAGUUCUCAGCUCUGAGUCCUCUAGUCUGAGAGAGCUGGACCUCAGUAACAACAACUUGCAGGAUUCAGGAGUCAAGCUGCUUUCUCCUGGACUGAAGAGUCCACACUGUACACUGGAGACUUUCAGGCUGAGUGGCUGUAACCUCUCAGAGAGAAGCUGUGAAGCUCUGGUCUCAGUUCUCAGCUCUGAGUCCUCUAGUCUGAGAGAGCUGGACCUCAGUAACAACAACUUGCAGGAUUCAGGAGUCAAGCUGCUUUCUCCUGGACUGAAGAGUCCACACUGUAAAGUGGGAACUGUCAGAUUGAGUGGCUGUAACCUCUCAGAGAGAAGCUGUGAGGAUCUGUCCUCAGUUCUCAGCUCCCAGUUCUCUGAUCUGAGAGAACUGAACCUUAGUAACAACAACCUGCAAGAUUCAGGAGUGAAGUUGGUGUCUACUGGACUGGGGAGUCCACACUGUAGACUGGAGACUUUCAAGCUGUCAGGCUGUCUGAUCACAGAGGGGGGCUGUGCUUCUCUGGUCUCAGCUCUGAGCUCCAACCCCUCCCAUCUGAGAGAGCUGGACCUGAGCUACAAUCAUCCAGGAGAGUCAGGAGUCAAGCUGCUAUCAGCUGGACUUAAAGAUCCACACUGGAGACUGGACUCUCUCAGGGUGGAGCCUGGUGGAGUUCGAUGGUUGAGACCAGGUCUGAGGAAGUAUUCCUGUGAACUCAAAAUUGACCUAAACACAGUAAACAGAAAAAUCAAACUGUCUGACAACAACAGGACGAUGACACAUGUGAGAGAAGAUCAGUUAUAUCCUGAUCAUCCAGACAGAUUUGACAAUUGGCUUCAACUGCUGUGUAGAAAUGGUCUGACUGGUCGAUGCUACUGGGAGGUCGAGCGGAGAGGAGAUGUUUAUGUAUCAGUGAGUUACAAAAGAAUCAAAAGGAGAGGAAAAGGUAAUGAGUGUGUGUUUGGAAGGAAUGAUCAGUCCUGGAGACUGUUCUGCUCUGAUAAUAGUUACUCUGUCUGUCACAAUGACAGAGAAACUCCCAUCCACACCACCCCUGUCUCUAACAGAGUAGGAGUGUAUGUGGACUGUCCUGCUGGCACUCUGUCCUUCUACAGAGUCUCCUCUGACACACUGAUCCACAUCCACACCUUCAACACCACAUUCACUGAGCCUCUGUAUCCUGGGUUUUUGGUCUGGUCAAUUGAUUCCUCAGUGUCUCUGUGUUCAAUGAAGCAGAGGUAGCCUCGCCCUGUAAGAGAAACUUUCUCACUGUUGAAUAGAGAGUUCAGUCUGUACUAGUCUGUAUCUUUUACACACAAACAUAUUCAUAUUAAUGUAUUAAAUCAGUUUUUAUCAGAUUCCUUGUAAUCCUUUCCUCUUUAAAUCCUUUAAAGAUGGAAGCUGUGAUUAUUACAGGAUAAAAAAUGUUGUUGACUUGCCUUUUCAGUCUCUUUCCCAUAAAACAUUACAGUGAAUAUCAGAAUGGUGUCUCUCUCAAUAGGGUCAGUUCAAAUGAGGUGAUCUAACUCAUCUCAGCUGCAGUUAGUUUGCUGCAGAUGUGACAAACUGUGAUAUCACAGAGGAAGUGCUGACCUGCAAUGACCCAAGAAGCUCAGAGACAUUCAGAUGUUAUUGUCUAAUAAACCGGGGUGCGACUUACAGCCAAGGUUCAUCCUGCUAAUGAAUUUGCAUUUUUUACUGUCAAUAACUAUAACUUUCCACAUUUAACACUGUGUUAUGUGUAUCUGAAAUGAUAUACUUACUGUAAUAAUGAUGAAAUGAUACUUGUGUACGUGUGCUUGUGUAUGAUAGUAUGAUAGUGGAAUUAUACAAUGUAAUAUUUUUAUCUUAUGAUUUUGGUUUAUGUUCCUGGCCUGUGUCGUGCACCUUCUAACUUGAGUCUUGCAAAGGGGUCUACAAAUAAAUACUAUUAUUAUUAGUAGUAGUAGUAGUAAUCUCAAAUGUACACAAGGACGAAUGAAAUGAUUCAUCACCAACUAAAUGCAGACUUGGUUUUAUAUACUUGAUGUUAUAUUUCUCAUCCAAAUUCUGGGAUAAGAGAAGCAUACAAGACCAUGUGUACCAACGUGUCAAAAGAAAAUAGACUGAAAAGGUUUUUAGAAAUGAAGGGAUUGAUGUCUAUGUCCCAGUGGAUGAAUGUGUUAUAUCACUCCCCAGAGUCUUUGAGGCUUUGGCCCAAAGAAAAGACUCAUAGUGAACACACACACACACACACACACACAC